AUGAAUGCGCUAACACGCGCUUCGCGUCUAUUCAACUCCUCAUUUUCACAUGCAGUCACCCAGCGAUCCGCCCCCUUCCGCGCCCUGUCCACCGCCCUAAAUUCUCAGCCCGCACUCACUCGAGGGCGUUACAGGACCACCUCUUCCCAGGAGUCUGCCUCCCGACUGUCAAGGCCCGCAGCAUUGCUGAUCUGUGCCUCAUCGGCUGCAACAACCUUUGCCCUCGCCUCACAGGCACGUCGCGUCUCGGCGCUCGCCGAAUAUUCUACAGCCGCUUCUGCGCCCGCUGCGUCUGACGUCAAAAGGACCCCGGAGAUUGUUUUGUACCAGUAUGAGGUCUGCCCGUUUUGCAACAAAGUCCGCGCCUACUUAGACUUCCAUGAUCUUCCGUAUCGCGUCGUUGAAGUCGAUCCGCUGCGCAAGACGGAGUUGGCAAAGUUUGACAAGUCCUACAGGAAGGUCCCGAUCGCCAUCGUUAACGGUGAGCAAGUGAACGGCUCGGGCGCCGUUAUCGAGCGCGUCGCGGCACUCAUGGAGCACGGCGGCCACGCCAAGCCCAGCGAGGUGGAGCGACAGUGGCUCACGUGGCUGGAUGAUAAGCUCAUCCAUUUAGUCGCCCCGAACAUAUACCGGACGAUGAAUGAGAGCUUGCAGACAUUUGACUACAUCGCGGAUAAUGCCAAGUUCUCGUCUUGGCAGCGGGGGACGAUCCGAUAUUCUGGGGCAAUCGCGAUGUACUUUGUCGCGAGGAAAUUGAAGAACAAGUAUGGUAUUGAUGACGAACGGGAGGCUAUUUUGGGAGCUUUGCAGGAGUGGACGGAGGCGAUUAAGAAGGGGGGUGGCAAGUUUUUGGAGGGGAGGGAGAGUCCUGGCGUCGCAGAUUUGAGCGUCUACGGUGUGCUCAAGAGCAUUGAAACCUUUGAUACUUUCACGGAGGUCAAGAGGAAGAACGAAGAGCUUGCUGAGUGGUUCGACAGAACGAAGAAUGCCGUCGGGCAACCAGCCGUUACCGUGAGAGAAUGAGAAAAUUGGGAGCGGAGAUUUUGCUUGCGUGAACGCUAACCUGAUUAAGUUUCUUUCUUUAAGGUCGUAACAAGUAAAACUCGGUCUAUCGAUCCGGCGAUGGGUAUUGCGGCAGGUGUACAAGUAACCCAGCGAACAAGUGUGGCGAUGAAUGGAAAAAGAGUCACUUUACGUAAACUAGCAAGCGAGUCAGUUAACAUUUCCGGAGAGGGGAUGGGCGAAACUUUCAUUCAACGCGAUCAAUGAGAUUGCGGAAAUGCAGCUGGACAUCGAUCAGGACAGUCCUUAAGCCGAUUCCUCUGUCUAGUUGAUUUUACUAGGUAUGUACAACCCUAUGAGGCUAAAAGGACAAAACCACGCUCUACAAAGGUGGUGAUUUGUCGUACUAUGAACAUGCAAGCGUGCAAUGCUCACAUGCUUCUGCCGUGAGUAAAGAAGACCCACGAACGGUUGCUUCCAAAAAAGCGCGAUAGUUUUGA